ACACAUACACGGACUGACGGCGCAGUAAACGUCAGUCAGUGUGGGUGGUGAACAGCAGUGGUCACUGAUUAAUACUGAGGGUAAACUUCCGUGUCUGCAGCUUCCGUGUCAAGUGUAGUUUCCUCUUUCUCUGGACUGUUCAUCGCUGUUUGAAAAGGGACAAACUCACAGAAAUGCGACCCAUAACAGAGGAGCUAACGUCGCUCAUUUCAGGUAAAACAUGCUUCAGUUCUCUUUGGACGCGCUGGUUGUAUCCUUACUUUCUCCAGGGAUGGUGAACGACCGAGACCGUUUCAUGAAAACAGGAAGCACACGCUUAAUAUGGAUGACUAACUUUAAGUUCACACACACACACACACACACACCACAGAGAUGCUGUGUCGUCUACACUGCAAACUCCUGAUAACUAGGGUCUAGUAUUUUGACUUCAUGCUGUAUGUGCUAAUUUAGCAUUGAAAAUAAGUAAGAAGCUCUCAAACAACACUGGACCAUUUGGCUGCAAAAAGUCACAUUGAAUUAAAUUGUGUAAAUCUUUCUGUUUAGAUCUUGAGAAUUUCCUCACUGAUGGAUUAAAAGGGGAAAGUCUCAGCAAGAAGGCAAAAGAGAAGAGGGAGGCCUUUAUCAAAAGGAUCAAGGAGGUCAAAUUAGGGUAAUUCUGAUUUACAUAGGGUGUCAAAUUUGCCCUUUUGUUGAGUUUGGUUUGAAGUCAUUGACUUAAUGUUUUCAAAUCUGUCAUAAAAACUGUUGACGUGUUUUCUGUCUCCUCCAGUUUCCCACAGGACUUCAAGGAUAAAAGUGAGUAUGUUUUUGUACUAGUCCAGGAGUUCACAUCAGGUUUUCCAUUUUCCCACUUAUCUGUUGUGACAGCGGUUUCCCCCACCACUGUGUUAUAUCAUAACAUUCAUACGGUGGCAGAGAACCGCCACUGCUGCAAAAAAAAAGAAGUCACAAUGAAAGUUACCACAGCAACAAAAAAGAAACCGAAGCCUGCUGCAAAUAAAAAAAGGAACUGUGCAGAUAAAAAAAAAUUAAAAAGCAACAAUGGAAGUUAACAAGCAAAAAAAACAGGCUGCAGAAGAAAAAGUUCCUUACUGCAAAAAUGAAAGGAUGCAAAUAAAAAAAGUCGAUAUGAAGUUGAACUGAAGCUAACACUACACCGGCAUCCUCCCGUUCAACUUCAUAUCGACUCAGGCGCUACAUGGCCAGACCAAAUGACGCAUUGAAAAGCACACAAAGCGAAAUUAAACAAUAACAUUUCCACUUACCUCUUUGCUCAUCUUCUCUCCAUCGUCAUCUGUGCCUAGAUCGUAAAACACAGGUGCAUCGUCAUUAUUGGUCCCCAGCAGCCCACUUCCGUGGUGGCUUUUUUUUUUUGCAUCCUUUUAUUUUUGCAGUAAGAAGCUUUUUGUUGUUGUUGUUGUUUUUGCAUCGCCACUUUUUUUGCGUCGUUAGCUUCCAAUGGGGCUUAUUUUUUCAUCCGCACCGUUUUUUUUCUAUUCCCAGUGGGCUUCAGUUUCCUUUUUUUGCAUCAGUAACUUCCGCUGGGACAUCUUUUUUUUUGCAUUCUUUUUUAUUUGCAGCAGUGGCGUUUCUCGGCCACUGUACAUUCACUAUCACCACAUUGCACUGUUGACUCCUGCAGGUGGAGAGGACUCUGACGAUGAGGAGGAGGUUGACAGCAACAAUGAAGGCGGGUCGCUGCAGUCAGAGCGCACAGACAAGGAUGAAGAUGCUUGUGAAGGUAAACCACUUAGCAGAUGCUCAAGGCUGACUCAAUAACUACUAACCACUGUGGAUUAAAGUGUUGAAAAUCACUUCUUGGCAUGACAAUACACAAAUCCGUGUGUCUGCUGUGCUGAAAAAGCGACUUUGAGUGGCACAAUGAGGGAGACAUUCCAACUGUAACUUGGCAACAUACUUGAGGAGCAAUUUGGGGGCACAACCGCUACUCCCACCUCCUCUUUCACCCCACCUCUUUGACAGCUAGAGCGUGCUUUAUUACCCUCAGCCGCCAUCGGAGGACUGAAAAUUACUGCCAUGGCUGAAGUUUAAAGAAAAAAUAAACAUUCCUUAACAUACAGUUUUAACCAUGUGAGCUCAAAUGCAACUGUCUAUGUAAGAUUUCAAAUGUACUUUUCUAUGUAGAGUAUCAAGGAAAUCCUUGUGAAAUGGUGUUUAGGGGUCUGUCUGGGGUUUAUGGGUUGUAAGCAGCUGCCAGUUUUAUGGCUGCUCUUUCACACAAAGCAACUUUGACACAGCAGUUGAACAUUUGCAUUGAAGUUGCACACUGCAAGGGUAAUCUCUUCAUAUGCGGAGUGAAACAGAUCCUGGUGGAUCUUUUUACAUUGUCCAAACUAAUACAUGAGAAGGCAAAAAAGACAUGAAUAGAUACAUCCUUUACUUUUACAUGAUAUAAAUGCUUUAAAAUGAUGUUGGGUUUAACAUUAACACUAAACCUGCUCUGUUGCAAAUCUUUCCCAGGAGCACAGCAGUCUCCACCUGUGGCGGCUCAGGACCUGACGUCUGUCUUUAAGGCUGGAUACCUUGAGAAGCGCAGGAAGGGUGGGUGCUCUGCUUAAAGCUUACAUAACAGAAAUAGUUAUAAACAUUUAGAAAAGUUUGUGAGAUUUUCCCCAUAAAGUCCUCAGGAAAAAAUAAUCAUUAUGUCUAAAUCAUUAAGUGAAUUGACACCAUCCUAAUUGAUUUACCCACAAUAUUUGUUAUACACAAGUCACCUGACUUCUAUGAAAACAGGGUUGUGUCUAUUAGAUUCACAGUUAUGCAGUAUGCAGCUGCUCUAUUUGUGCUCAAAAUUCAUGACAACCUAAACAAAUAGUAAGUAAUCUUUCAGUAAAAAAUGAGAACUUUAACUACAACAGUAGUCUCACGACUCUUUACAAAGAUAGGACUCUUACUUGUACAUGAAAUACAUUUUCUGCCAUAUGAAGCUUAAUUGUACUUUCACAAAGAGAGAAGAUGUAUUCCUCGGUUCCCUGACUUUAAUUCAUCCUUCAUCCACAGAUCACAGCUUUUUUGGUACUGAGUGGCAGAAGAGAUGGUGUGCUCUAAGCCAUCAGACCUUCUACUACUACGGCAGUGACAAAGGUAUCUCAGUUUUUUCAUGUUAACUCUGUUUUCACUGUAUUUUGAAUAAAUACUGUGUGAGAGAAAUUAAGUGGAUGCAUGUUUGUUAUUCUGCUUGAGUUCCCAGGUUUUGUCAGUAAUGUUGAAUUUGUUUGAACCACGAAUGAUGAUGUUGAAUCUCAUGCUAACAGACAAGCAGCAGAAGGGGGAGUUCAGUAUCGAUGGCUACUCUGUCAAAAUAAACAGCACCUUACGGAAAGACUCCAAGAAAGACUGCUGCUUUGAAAUUUCAGCUCCAGACAAGCGAGUCUAUCAGGUAUGCUUAUUUUCCCCCAUUGCUUUUCUAAAUAUGCAUCCUGUAUUAGAAAAACAGAUAUUGACUUAAGACAUGGCAUGCUUAAAACCAAGCAAGGCCUUUGUUUUUAAAACUUGUUCAUUCAUUUGACACUGUUGCCUUUGCAGUGGCUCAGCUUGACAUGCAUAAUUUAAAAAGUCUAAAUGAGUGUUUCUAACAUCCAGGCUCUUCCAUGCGGAACAUUUUAAUAUGCACAAAUGUAGUAUUAUUUGUUUAUGUUAAUGAAUAUAUGAAGGGCUGCAUGUUGCACUGACUAAGGUUUUCAUUUCACAGUUUUGUGCGUCAUCAGUGAAAGAGGCGGAGGACUGGGUGAAACAGAUUGACUUUGUUAUAAAAGGUGUGAACUGUUCAAGUCAUAAAAACAUACUAUAAGGCACCUUAAUGUAGCAAGUUUUUGUUUCUGCACAAAUGAAAGUAUAGACCUGAGAAACCUCAAAAAUUGUAUUUCUAAAUACUUGGUGUGUGUGCGUCACUGAUAUAUGUUUUUUUCCUCUCUGUAGAUAUGUCAGGCAUCAUCCCAGAGGAUGAAGAGGAGGAGCAGGAACUGUACGAUGAUGUGGGAAAUGCAGAUGUGGAGGAUCAGUCUGAACCAAUCGAUGAAGACAUCUAUGAGGAGCUGCCAGGUUUUGAUACACAAUUUAUUCCUGCUACAACCUGCACUCUCCCACAGAACAUGAAUGUAUUACAUUCAUCUCCAGUCAGGUUUUAUUUGUCUCAUUCAAAGGCUUUAUUUUCUGCUAUGGCACAUUACCUAAUAUUAUUAUUAGAUAGUCAUAACUUUGAACAGCACACUCAACCAUAAAUAAUCUGUCAUUUUUCUUUCUUUAUUUCUUCAGAGGAUGAAGUUCCCACUCCAGUGAAGCCACCUCCAAAGCUGAAUCCAGUCACUAAACCUGCCCCCCCUGCUGCAGGUACAACACGGACAGGUCUGCAUAGAUUUCAGUGCAUCGUAGUUUGUGGAUAAGAGUGAAGUCAAUUUUGCUUUAUAUUGUCUCAAACUAAAUGUUCUGUUGUUUUGUACAUGCUCAAAUGUUAUAGCCAGGGUAAAGAAGAAGUAACAACUUCAGAGGAAGUUGAUGUGAACAUGAACUGAAAGUUAACACAAUACUGGAAAUAACUUUGAGGCAACUUCCUCUUUACAACAAGUGACGUGUUAGAGGGCUGUAAGCACCAAAAUAUCAUGCUGUGCUUUGCUAUGUAAGGUGUGAACAUUACAAGAACACUAACAAGCUGUGAGAGACUGACCAGUGGGAAAUUUUCUUACUUCAGAUCAAUAAAUAGGCUGGAAGUAGAAAUAUUUAUAUAUACGUACACACACGAUGUACGUGUUUCUAAAUUUGUACCAGGUAAACAUCGGCCCAAUUCGUCAUUAUCAGUUACAGAAAAUAGUGAAAUGCAUACACUACUUAAAGUGAAAAAAAAAAACAGCUUCUUUAUUAUUCUAUAAAUAAUGGGCAUCAUUGAGUUAUUUGUUAUCUUGACUAAUUAAUUAAUUUGUUUAUUUUGGCUGAAUGUCAGAAAAUACCAGAGAAUAUGUCUGGGAGCCUUUGUCAAACCUGACAUCUGCGCAGACGUCUGAAACAGAUGUUUUAGUUUUUGCUCAAACAUAACUUUUUAUUUUGCAUACUGCAAUAAUGUAUAUCUUUUCGAACUGUUUAUUUUUUGAUUAUUAAAAAAAAAAUCAUUCACAAUUCAAUUUCAGGUAGCAGAUUUUUUUACCUGAUCAUUUCUAAAAUGAAAUCACAACACAGACUGUUUACACUUGAUCUGCUCCCUCUUCUCUGCAGGUGUCCCAUGGCUCUCCAAAACAAAAAUACUGAAUCCUAAGAACUGUUGUUUCAUUGAUUGGUAGAAUGAACUUGGCUCUCAGCUUGUCUGCCUCCGUCUCUGUUUUAGGCUCUUUACUGCCUCCUGUUGGUGCUGUUGUACACACACAGCAGCUGCUGCAAUGAGUGUCCUCCAAACAUCUGAUUGUUAUUGUCUUUUUUAUCGCUUGUUUCCCUCUAGUUGAUAAGAGCACAGACUACGCAAACUACUACCAGGGCUUGUGGGACUGUGUAGCUGACCACGCGGAUGAGUUGUCCUUCAAACGGGGAGAAGCCGUCUACAUCCUGAGCAAGGUAUGGUUCAGAGAAUUGUGCAUGUCAGAGUUCAACAUUUAUCUGUCCCUAACAGAGUCUUCUUUGCUGAGGAUUAAGUCUGCUAACUGGUCUACAAAAGUUAAGAGACAUGGUUUGUAGUCUGAGGGGCUCUUUUGGCCACAGACCACCUAUAGUGAGUUAUUUCAGAGCCCCCAAAGAAAGUGCCUUUUCACAUCCUUUACUGGCAGCAUCUGGCCCGCCGCCUGGAGGUGAACGGCUGAUGGUGAGAGGCGGACUGGGCUCGGUUCUCUCUCUGGCACUGUGAUGGGGAUUAGUUGUGUCACAACGGAAACUGUUUUAGUGCCGUUGGCGGAGGCUGGGUUUUGCUGGCACACGGUGCCAUUCCAUCACUUCCAUCUGGGCUGUUUCAGCACGCUGUCCCUGCCGUGAUGCCAGGCGCUGAGCAGCCUGCAGCCCACACACCUCUCAGACGUCUCUCUCACCUCGGCAAAUAGGAAUGUGUGUUCUCAGGAAACCCAGGCUCAGUCCACCACUCCAUUCAGAGCAGGUGAGGACGUGUGGUGGACGCACAAUUUCCGAGACUUGUCGCCUUAGCGUGUGUGCCAGGUAAUGAGGACUGAGGGGCCGUUCUUCACCUUUAUUAUAUAACCAAACAGGAGCCCUUUUGUGCUCAGCUGCCUCAUAUUGGAUUUUGUUUUGAUGCAUUUAACGGGCAAGCUUCAGAGCAUCCCACAGCAAAUGAAUCAAAGAAUAUUUUACUUUUACAGAUUCAUGUCAGCCCUGUGGUUUGUGUAAAAUAAAAACAGUGUUAAAUGUGCUCCAUCUAGACUAGUUAUAUUUCCUGUCUGGUUUGGUUUCUAUGGAGCAUGAAGUCAACUGAGACAUACUGUUGUCAACUGGCCAGCUCAGUUUCCAAAUUCAAGUCUGCCAUCUAGUGGUAGUUCAGAGAAUUGAAGAUAUGGCAACGUGAUCUGUUCAGUAAAACCUGAAUGAUCAUUUUAUUAUCAGUAACUCAUUUCUAGAGCUAUAAUUUGCCAAUAAAUGAUCCAAAAUAUACAUCAUGAAGUGUUUUUAUCCUACAGACUCAAAAUAAAUUGAGGUGGUUUUCAUAUUUAAAAAAUCAAAUUAAGCUCAUAUUGAGGUGUUAAAAAGGAAUGGAUCAGCGAAACGGUUCAUCUUCUGUUGACUAGCUCAUUGAUUAAUUGAUCCAGCACUAAUGGAAAGAAACAAAUGCACAAAGCAGACAGACCCGUCAAUGCUCAAUGGCCAAAUGCCUGUUUAUGGCUCCUUCUCCAUGUGUGGAAAAGGACCAAGAAUCAAGUUGCCCUUUCACUCAGACUGGGAGUGCCAUUAGCUGAAACCUUGGUGUUGGGGGUUGUGGCCCGCUGCGAGGGCAAUGACCAUAAAACCUGUCUGGACUGCAGCAGCCAGCUGCAGCUAAAGGGCUGGUCGGCUCCUUCCCCCCUCCGUCCCCCAUCUCUGCCUCCUCCCUCAUUCUCCUUUCUCUCUCGUCCCAGCGUCCCUCCCCCAUUCCACAGUCCAGAAAUAGCUGUAGUGUUACAGCUGUGAGACCCCCCAGUCAGGACUGGGGUGUUGAUUAUAGGGCCUGACUGGGAGUGAGAGAGAGUGAGUUGUACGGAUGUACUGCACCAGACCCCCCCCUACCCCCAAGCCAAAGUGCACAAAACCAAUCAAGAGAUUCAACCCAUCACUUCAUCUGAGUGAUUAAUGGCCUGAUUAAGUUUAAACCUUUUUGUAAAAAAAAAAAAAAUGCCGCUGCAGGUCUCUAAAACUGUGCUUGAAAAGGUAAAAAUAAACGAUUAUUAGCCACAAAGUAAAUUAUCUACUGUACAUAAUAAGAAAUAAAUGUUUUACCUGGGUGUUGGAAACUUCAUCCACUCAUGUUCAUCCUUAGAGAAAUAAGCUACUUAUCUUCAGCCAGCAAGUAUAAAAAUGUUUAUUUGUUUGGAGUAAAUAAAGAUUUUAAAAAUGAUCUUCCAAGUGUUAGAAACUGAGUGUGGAAUAUGUCGCAACAGGAGAGUCUGGGAUUUUAUGAAGAAGACACAAGAUGGGUGUUUAGGUAAAUUCUGGGAACUCAUAAUGUUAACUUUCAUCGUUAGGACUAAUGUUGUGUCGAGUGUAAACCUCUUUUUCGUCUAAUUAUUGCUGUGGUUACUCACAGAGGACAUGCAGAUGUGCUUUGUUUUUGUGUGUGCGUGUGUUAUAUCUUUGUUUUAAAAAGUACACUCAACAGUAAGAAAGAAAAAGAGUUAUAAGAACAGAACUGUUGGAUUAUCUUGAAUAUAUAUGUGUUAAUGUGUGUUUAGUCACCAGUUUUCUACAGCUCCUUAUGUGUACUCCUGUUGUGUCCCACAUUUACUCAGGCACGACUUCUUUGUGAGCCAGAACUACACAAUGAGGUGUUGCUCUUUUCAAAGGCCUGCUGCAGGAAGUCAUAAUGUGCACACACACUUGGUCUCACACUCUCUUACACACACCUCAUGUCAAUGUGCUACAUUAUCCCUGAGGGGCCUGUGAAAUGUUGUUUUAAUCAUGUGACACAUUCUUGAAAUUACUUUGACGUUUUCUGUUUGUUUCCUUUAAUGUUUAAUUUGCUGUUAAUAAUGUCGUCGCACUGACAUGAUGAACAACCCAAUCAGCACACAGCUGUUCAUGCAAGUCAUAUCUAAUGCUGCUGCUGUUGUUCCUCAUCCUUGGCUUAAUAUGACCAUAUGAUCACUCACAUCCAUUCUCUCUCCUGGGAAUAACUGGACACAGAUGUGGGCCCUCCUCGUCCUUGAGUUUUUGCAUUGAUUUGAAACACUGUGCAGGUUCCUCUUCCUUUCUCCUCAUCUGAACAUGAUCUCCAGUGUUGAUUCAUGUUGGGGAAGACUUUGAUGUGAGGUCAGGCUUCUGGCCAAACAGGGAGAGAGAGGCUUUUUCUCCUCUUGUCUCAGAUCUCUCCUCGCAGUGUUCUCCUCACAUCUCAGCAUGCUGACAGCCAUUUGGAGCUAUUACUUGUCAUGCUGUGACAGAUUUAUAUGUGAUGUGCUCUGGAUGCACACUGAGGGUUUUUUUUGUGCGGAGUAGAGGGGAGGGGAGUGAGCAUGGGCUCAAAAUCAACCCAGAAAGACAGACAUGACAGAGAAGACAUUAGAAUGAAAUUAUUAAUGUGGUGAAUGGUGUGAAAAAAGUACCCUGAGAUUUUAAAGUUUGCUGUGGUGAAUAAAACCAUCUAAAUUUAUUUUAUUUUUGUCCACAUAAUUUAUUCUCCACUGGUACAUGUCUUACAAGCUUUGAUUACCACACUUGAUAGCUUUGAUGAAGUUGUUUAUGAUAUGUGCGCCUGGUAUGUUGUUGGAUAUGAGAUCUGUAUGCUUCCAAAACUUUAUCAGAACAUAGGAGAGUCCAAUUCAUACAGAGCAUCUAAAGUAAAUUUGAAGAGGUGGUUACUUGAAAAAACCAAAUUUGUUCUCAUUAGUUGGUUGGCGUGUUUUCGGGUGGGUAAUGUUGAUGUUGUAAUUAUUGUGUAUUAUGUAUGUUUUUAUGUAGUUGCUGAUUUCCCACCUUUUUAGGUAGCCAUGUUCCUUCUGGCAGGGGGACUACCAAUAGAAACUAGCCUUGUGGCAACAAUUGGGUCCAUUUACAUUUUAUCUUUUUAAAAUGUUCAUUAAUGUACACUGUCCCUCUUUAACAAAUAAAAAGAAAAUAAAAAUAAUAAAUAAAUAACUGAUGCAUCAGGUUGUAUUGGUUUUAAGUUGAACCAAAGGAAGAAAGUUCUCAGCAUGCACCAAUCAUCCUAAAAGUAUCUCUGUAUUUUUUUCAGGAGUACGCGAGCUUUGGCUGGUGGGUUGGAGAGAAGAACGGCACAAUAGGAAUUGUCCCCAAAGAGUACCUGAUGGAGCUUUAUGUACUUUAAUCACACCGACCCCAUCACCACCACCAUAGCAGGAUUUGUUUGCUUAGGAGGAAACCUGCAUGAAUAAUAUAUUAAAAAAAGCAAUAAAUUCCUCAUGUUUCAGCUGGUACACUUCACCAUUUACAGGAUCGUAUCCACUCUGAAAAGCUAAUGAUUGCUGGCAGAAAUUUUCAUAUGACUGAAGACAUUGUUUGAAAGUAUUUUUCUACCGAUUGUUUCUAUUUAUUUUCUCAAGACACAGUUUGUCCACAACACCGUUUCAUGCUCUGCUUUUUGAGGAUUUUGCAUUUGCAAAGGGAGAGAAAAAUAAAGAAGUUAACAUCUCUCUUGUA